AUGCAUCCAUCAAACACACACGCAGAUGAAAUAGAAAACACUCCUUGUCUUUCUGUCUCUCUAUUUUCACUGUCUCUCUCUCUCUCUCUCUGCAAAAUCUCUCUGCGUCCGUUCAGCCUCUCUCUCAGACGUUUGUUCAAUGUUUUUCUCUCUCUGCGUUGUUCAUUGCUAAAUAAUGUAAAUGCGUCCGUUCAUUGCUUGUAUCUCUCUCUUCCGUUACAGUUCUCUAGGGAGAAAAAAUCUCUCUCUGAAACUAAAUUGUCUCUCUCUACCGUUUUUUUCUUCUUUUCGUCCGUUCAAAACCCAAAAACUCUCUCAACGCAAAAAUCUUUUUCUUUCGCUUAUGAUGGUGCUCUCUCUUUGCGUCCGUUCAUUGCGACAGCUCCUCUCUGUCCGUUCAAAAAUCUGUCUCUUUGCGUCCGUUCGUUGCAGCUCUCUCUCUAUCCGUUCAACAAAGCUCUCUUCUCUCUCUCUGCGUCCGUUCAACAUCUUCUCUCUUUUUGCGUCCGGUCAUUUUUCUCUAGAGAAGGGUCCGUUCAUUGUCUCUCUCUCUCUCUCUCUCUGAGUUCAUUGAAAAGACUGUUUCUCUCAAGUUUGUUCAUUGAAUAA